AUGUCAAUUAGACUGUUAUUUUUAGGUGCACCAGGCAGUGGUAAAGGCACUAUAUCAUCAAGAUUAUUAAAAAGAUUUCCCAUUGGUUAUUUAUCCUCGGGUGAUAUAAUUAGAUCUCAAAUAUCUCAACAAACUUCAAUUGGAAAACAAGCACAAGAUUACGUUCAAAAUGGUUCAUUAGUUCCUGAUAAUUUAAUGGUUAGUUUAAUAUUAAAAGAAUUAGAGCUGAAAAGUUGGUCAAAUUGGUUAUUAGAUGGUUUCCCAAGAACAAUAAAUCAAGCAAAAGAAUUGAAUAAAGAAACAAAUUUAAAUUUGGUAAUUGAAUUGGAUGUACCACAAAAUAUUAUCCUAGAUAGGAUAAAUGCAAGAUGGGUACAUUUAAAAAGUGGAAGAAUAUAUAAUUUAGAUUAUAAUGCUCCCAAAAUUCCAUUCAAAGAUGAUAUAACCGGCGAACCAUUAACAAAAAGAGACGAUGAUAAACCUGAAAUAUUUGAAAAAAGAUUGAAAAAGUAUAAUGAAGAAAUUAAACCAUUAAAAGAUUAUUAUGACAAACAAGGUAUACUAUAUACCAUCAGUGGAAAUACUUCAGAUAUAAUUUAUCCAAAAUUAGAAUCAUUAAUAAUUGAAAAAUUCAAAUUAUAG